UGCAGCAGCGAUGGAACCCGGCUUCCUUUUUUAAGAAUCAAUGUGAGCGAAGGGAGCAGAGCUGCGUUAUUUUAGGGAGACUUUGUCGCACUCCCCCUCCCGUGUGUAGGUAGCAUCUGGGUUGUGUGCGCGCCCUGCUUGCGGACCCCAUGGAGAGGCGCAGUCGGCGGCAGCUGGGGCUCCUUUCGCGGUUGCAGCCAGCAGUAACCCGACCCCGCCAGUGCAGGGACUGAAGAGGCUCGGCGAAAGCGGAGAGCUUCGAACAAAAGCCCUCGGCGCGGGCCCGGGACCCGGGACUUGGGAGACUCCAACAAAGGACGAGGCUCAGCCAUGGUGGACCCGGUGCCUGAAGAGGAGAAGGAGGGAGCCGAGCCCGGAGGCUUGGAAGGGGACGGGGCCACAGCGUCUGUGCCCCCUGAUGCCCAGGGCGCCCAGCAGCCCGCAGCCUCCUCGGCCUCGGCCUCCGCGGCGGUGCCGCACAAGGCAGAAGUACCUUGCACAGCAGAAGGCGGACGACGGGAGCAGUCUCCGAUGCUGCACCUCGACCUCUUCAACUUCGACUGUCCGGAGGCGGAGGGCAGCCGCUACGUGCUGACCAGCCCCCGCUCCCUUGAGGCCUGCGCACGCUGUGCUGUCAAGCCCGUGGAACUGCUGCCACGGGCCUUGGCCGACCUAGUGCGCGAGGCUCCUGGCCGAUCCAUGCGGGUGGCCACUGGCCUGUACGAGGCGUACGAGGCAGAGCGGCGCUCCAAGUUACAGCAGUGCCGGGCCGAGCGCGAGCGAAUCGUACGCGAAGAGAAGCGGCGCCUCUUCACGCCGUUGGGCCCCGCGGCUGCCGCAGCUGCCGCCGCCUCGGCCUCAGCCCCAACUCAGAGCGCGGGCAGCAGCAGCAGCUGCAGUAGCACCAGCCUCCCGGCCUCACCCGCACCGCGUGCCGCCCGCAAGGCCUCUCCCAGUCCCUCCUCUGCUCGGACCCAACCUCCGCCCGCAGGUUCUCGGACAGGAAGGAAGAGCCACUCGCUGGACUCGCUGUCCCGCCGGCGUGACGGUGCUCUCAGCUCCGAGUCGGGUGCAUCGUCGUCCUCCUACAGUGGGGAGAGCCUUCGGGAGCUUCGCUGGCCGCCCCGGGCCGCAGCCAGGAACAGUUGCCCCGCAGGGUCAGCGUCCUCUGCCCCCAACCCUUUGGGCCGUCCUUCGGCGCUCGCCCUGGUUCCACUCACUGGCCGAAGCUUCAGCCUUGGGGACUUGAGCCACUCUCCGCAGACUGCUCAGCACGUGGAGCGCAUCGUACGCCAAGUGCGCGCCGAGCGGGGCCUGCGCGGGGUGCCAGAGCGCGACCGGAAGAUUGCUGCACUCAUGCUGGCGCGGCACCAAGAGGAGCGCCUGUUGCUGGAGCAGCGCGCCGCAGCCCACGGCCAGUGGGAGCAGCAGCGCGUGCGUGCUGAGCAGCGGCGCGAGCGCGAGGAGCGCGAGAAGCAGCGCGCUCUAGAGCAGGGCCGCCGGGCCUGGGCUGCGCAGGUGGAGGAGCGGCGGGGCCGCCGGGGUCGCGAGGAGCGUGAGGCAGCGCGGCGGCGACAGCAACAGUGGGAACGCAGCGAGGAGCGACGACGGGAGCUGGCCGAGCGCCAGGGCCUGCUGCGGCGGGAACGGGCCGAGCGCGCGGCUCGGGAGGACCGGCUGCGUAAGCUGCAGCAGGAGCAGAACCUGAAGCAGCGGGAAGAGGGCCUGCAGGAAGGGCGCGAGCGGGCCGAACAGGUCCGCAGGGAGCGCGCCCAGCGCGCGGCACGCGCCAAGCAGCGGCAGGAGGGCCAACUGCAGCGCGAGAAGCGAGAACUGAGCCGCGCUGAGCGAGCGCGACACGAGGCGUUGCUGCGGGGCCGAGCCCGGCAGCAGCACGAGGAGCGAGAAGGCCUGCGGAGCUCCUUGGAGGCCAGCUUGGGCCGCGCGCAGGAGAACUAUGAGCAAUUGGUGGAGCAGCGCACCCGGGAGCUGAGGGAGCGGGCCCGGCGGGAGGAGCUGCAGGGCAGGCGAGCCAAGGAGGCUGCGGAACGCAAAGAGCGGGAACAUCAGGCUCACCUGGAGGCCCUGGCCCGGGCCGGGGAACGACGGCUGCAGCACGCGGCGCAGGUGGCGGAAGAGGCAGUGCAGCAAAAGGCCCGGCGCGUGGGCCAGACGCGGUUGGAGAAAGAGCGGACCCAGCGCGCCAACAAGGAGAAGGUAGAGAGGGACGAAGACUGCCGCCGGCGGGAACUGCUCCAAGCAAUCGGGCGCAAGCUGGAGCGCAGCGAGCAGCUGUCACGGGAACGGCGCAGCGCACUGGAGAGUGCUCGCUCCACCGCCCGCGCCUCCUUCCACGUUCGUGAGAAAGUGCGAGAGGAGACCAACACGCGCUCCUUCGACCGCAUGGUGCGGGAGGCCCAACUACACGCCAGCCUGGACCGCAAAUGACUGCAGCCCUACGCUGGCCAGACUGGCACACACAGUCCGGGGGCGGAGCGGGGUAUUCCCUCGGUCACUCUGAGUCCCCGCUGCAUGGGCAACACCAUGAACUCUCGAGGCUUCUGAGCAAUGAAGCAAUGAAAGGAGUGACACGUGGGACUUUUCAUUCUGCACCCUUGGUUUUUAACAAAUUACUUCGUUUGGAGAUGCCG